AUGGUUGACUUAUUGUUCUCUACGACUCAAACAGUUGGGGCUGCUAUGAAUGUUGGGCAGCAGAUGCCAACAGCAGCACUGGUCCUUCCCCCUGCAGAACGUUGUGUCAAAUGUUCUGCAGUUAGGUUCUUCUACGAACCGCCUGGGUUCUGUUGUUCAGACGGUGACGUUGAAAUUGCAUCCAAUUCGUUCCCAUCAGAGCUCAUUAGGCUGUUUACUUCACAGGACGAUGAUGCUGUACACUUUAGAACAUAUUCGCGUCUAUACAAUAACCUCUUUGCAUUUAGCUCUCUCGGUGGCAAUUUUGAUUCAUGCACUCAAAAAGGCAUUUAUGUAUUCAAAUUACAUGGCCAAAUCUACCAUUUCAUACCUAAUCUAUUGCCAAAUGACCAUAAGCCUCAAUUCUUACAACUGUACUUCUAUGAUGCGCAACACGAAUCAGAAAACCGUUUGAGGCUUUUCCCUGAAUUGAGGCCUGACGUGAUAGCUAUCUUGAUGGAUAUCAUGCAGUACAAUCCAUAUGCAAAAUUUUUCAGAUCCCUGCGCGAGCUAGACGUUGUAGAGCACACGGAAAUACACCUAAAUAAGGAUCCCGUCCUUGACCAGCGUGUUUACAAUGCCCCAACUGCUGAAGAGGUCGCUGUCAUAUGGGCUGAAGAUUCAGCAACCAGUGCAACUGGUGGACCACACAUUAUUGUCCACGGCAAGGCAGAACGUGAACACAGGAUCAUGCACUACUACGGGUGCUAUGAUCCAUUACAAUAUCCCCUACUUCGCCCUUAUGGUGAUUGUGGGUGGCACCACGGGCUAAAAAAAAAGAAGAGCGGUCGCCGUAGGCAAAAUACUCCUGCUGAGCUGAGUAUCGCUUCUGCAUUGGCCGACGAUGUUUAUGACCUCUUAUCCGCUGAAGCUGCUGUUGCAACGCAGGUUAGAACAAGCCGGACCCAAAUUUCUUGUAGAGCAUACUACGCAUACGUCCUACAAAUGCGGCCUGGGAACUACAUUUUGCGAGCGUGCCGCUUGUUCCAACAAUUCAUCGUUGAUAUGUAUGUUAAGCUUGAAAACACACGCUUGGAUUUCUUCAGGAACAACCAAUCAACAAUUAGGGCAGAAUUGUAUCAAGGCAUCUUAGACUGCUUUGAUGGUGGUGAGAAUAGCGGUGCAAAUGUCGGGCAUAGGGUCAUCCUGCCGCCCACUUUCCUUGGCGGGCCCCGUGACAUGAAACGGCGCUACUUAAAUGCCAUAGCUCUUGUGCAACGCUAUGGCAAACCAGACCUAUUUGUUACAAUGACAUGCAAUCCAAAUUGGCCUGAAAUUAAAGAACACCUUGCUCCGGGUGAGCAAGCUCAGCACCGGCCAGAUUUAGUUGCUCGCGUUUUCCGUGCAAAACUAAUCGCAUUGAAAAAACUGAUAGUUGAGGACAGUGUGUUAGGGGAAAUUGCAGCAUAUACAUAUGUUGUUGAAUUUCAAAAGCGGGGAUUACCGCAUGCACAUCUAUUGCUAAUUAUGAAGCCAUCUUACAAAGUUAAAGAACCUAAUGUAUUUGACAAGUUUAUAAGUGCUGAAAUUCCUGAUGAGAGCAACCCUCACUUGCGCAAAAUAAUUUUAAGCCACAUGAUGCAUGGCCCAUGUGGCGCAGCAAACCCUGAAUGCCCUUGCAUGAAACACAAAAGCAGCCCAGGAGUAUGCAAGUAUGGGUAUCCAAAGACAUUCCAAGAAGAAACAAGUACGCAUGAGAAUGGCUUUCCGCUUUAUAGGCGGAGAAAUGAUGGUCAGAAUCCCAUUAUUCGCAAGUUUGCAAUGGAUAACAGAUGGGUUAUUCCAUACAACCCUUACCUCUCUGCUCUUUUUGAUUGUCACUUGAAUGUUGAAGUUUGCUCAACCAUCCAAGCAGUGAAGUACAUAUACAAGUAUGUUUACAAAGGGCAUGACAAAAUAUCUUUUGCUGUUUCGGCUCAGCAAGACCCCAAACCAGUUGAUGAAAUCCAACAGUUUCAAACCGGACGAUGGAUUCAUUUGCCUAAUGCGCAAACAGUCCAGUUCAAACCGCAAGAACAACUUGCUGGCAUUGUAGCAGAUGAUACACGAACGCGCACGUCUCUCACUGAGUUUUUCAAGAUGAAUGCAACUCACGAUGAUGCAUCACAGUUCUUGUACUCAGAGUUCCCAGAACAUUAUGUCUGGACUGCCUCUGCAAAGACAUGGACUAAAAGAGUUCAAAAAAAAAUUGUUGUUGGCCGCUUAACAUUUGUUGUGCCUGCGGAGGGUGAGCGGUAUUUCCUCCGCCUCUUGCUGACCCAUGUACGUGGGCCUAAGUCAUUUGACGACCUACGAACCGUGAACGGUUACCUAUGUGCAUCAUUCCAAGAAACAGCACUGAAAUUAGGCCUACUUGAAGAAGAUGAUUCUGUUGUACAGUGUAUGCAAGAGGCCGCUGGCAUUGAAAUGCCUGGUGCGCUGCGCCGUUUAUUUACAACGAUCUUGAUAUUCUGCAAACCUAGCAACCCUCUAGCCUUGUGGCACCAGUUCUACACACACUAUCUGAAGACUUUGGACGAAAUUUCCACGCGAACACCUAAGUGUGCACAACUAACUAUAAAACAGUUGAAAACGACUCCUUGA